AUGUAUACCCCUCAGGUGGCCCUGAAGAAGGUCAUAGCUGAGAAGCAUGAGAGGGAAUCCCAGAUCUCUUACCUGCUUUAUUCCCUCUUUCUCUCCCACAGGACACUGAAGAAACCAGAGCCCUCUAUCUUGCAGGAGCUUCGGAAACGGAACGAGGACAUCUAUGUUGUCACAGAAGCUGUCAAGACCCAGAAAGAAGCCGUUCUGAAGAGGUCCAGAAAUACGGAAGGCUUUGGGAAGUUCACCAUUCCUGGAGCCUCAUGUUUUCAGGGUCAGGGGGAGGGCCACUUAAAGACAGUGAAGACAGUGACUGUCCCUGAGGGCAGUAUACUUGCUUUCCAAGUUGCCAAGUUGAUUAUCCAGAACCACUGGAAUGUUCUUUUACUUCCAGACAAGAAGCAGAAAACCUUCUCACCCAGAAGAGCAGAUUUUGGAAUGAAGAUGCAAUCAUAUGUCUCCACAGUGAACAUAGCUACAGAAUUUGAGAAAAUGCAGGCUGAGGUGAAGAAAAAACGAAGCCUACUAACCAUGCUGGACAAGAAGCUACAGCAGUGUCUGCUUCAGGAUCUUCUGAGACUCCUCCAGAGUGAGGAGGACCUGCUGGACUUAGAAGGCAUGCUAGAAGAGAGUUUGUUCAGUGGGGUCCCCCCCCAGAAGACGGAGGGCGUGAUGGGAAACAUCCUCAGUAACCUGCAGGACCAGAGUGGAAAACUUGUGGAGGAACAAGCAGGGUCAUUCCUCUAUCUCCUUGGAACUCUGAGUGCUCUGAGUGAAAUCCAGUAUCAGAUCCUGAUUCAGUUGCUGAAGACAGAGGAAAAGAUUCUGCCUCAGGAAAUAGACCUGGUGAGAGAAAUUCUGAGGAAAAACUUCAAUCAGACCAAGGAGACGACUUUUUUCCUUCCUUCAGAGCUGCUGUCCUUUGCCAAGGACAAGAGGGAGGAAUCCAUCCUCAUAUGUGUCCUGUUGAAAGAGUGUGGAUUGGAGAUCUCAGGAGAUAAAUCCCAAUUUACCUGGAACCCUAAUGCUCUGCACUCCCUUUGUGCAUUGUAUGGGAGUCUGGAGAUGCUGCAAGCUCUCUCUAAAGGCUGCUGACCCAGCCCCCUCUUUCCCUACCUAUUUGCCGUGUCAAGCUGCUGGAAUCUACCCCCAUUUUUCUAGAUCUGAGGCCCAGCAAGCCAACUGUCCCCUUUGUUUGGCAUAGCACAAUCCUUUGUACUUACCCUCUGGAUGCUUCCACCUUCUGGUAGAAUCACACAAUUGUCAUCUUUCUUUGGCCAGUAUUAGGAGUUCUCUGGGCUCUGACAAGCACCAGACAAGUCCCUAUGUUCUGGACAGAAAGUCCUGCUAUGAAUCAGUCUCGUCUCAUUAUUGCUGUCACCCCUCUUUGUCGGACCUACAGGUCACUGCAUGCCCAUAAAUGUAAGUAUCGAUUCUGCCCACAUCAAAUGAGUCCUCCUCACCCCUACCCCUGUCUAGCUUCCCCCCUUGCAUACAAGUCGUUCUUAGAUUAAAUGAUCCCUAAGUCUCCUGCCUCCAGUCUGCUGUGUUUGGCUCUAACCAUCCAGAGGUUAUAGGUUAGUUCCAUCCAGCUGACGGGUACCUCCACCCCCUAUGUCAGCCUCAGAACUAGUGGAUUAGGAGACAGCCCUAUUUCAAAUGAAAGUUGAUCAUGAAAUUUGAAUGUUGGGCUUUCCUCUAUGAUGAAGUACUCCUUUCACACCCAAAAGGAAUCCCCGGGGUAAUGACUAGACAAGUGGUCAUCCAGCCUCCACUUCAAGACCAAAUUACAGGGAAGUAUCCCAAGGUAACUCAUUUCCGUUUAGGGCAGAUUUUAUUAUUCCCAAGUGUUUGUUUUUCCCCUCAUAUCAAGCCUUACUUAAACUGCCUAUUUGCAGUCUGUCCACUGCUCCCAGAUUUGCCCUUUAAGGUCUAGAACAAGUGCAAUCUCUUCUCUGCAGCUCUAUAAAUAUUUGUACAAAACUGUGAGGGCACAUUUCCUUCAUCUGGUGCUCACACAACAUGGACCCAAGGCCCUUUUUUCCCUUGUGGUUGCUCUCCUCUGGAUGUUGUCCAGUUCAUCAGUGCUCUGAAACUGUGGUGCUCAGACCAGAUGGAAAUGAGACCAGGGCAGAGGUGGAACUAUCCCCUCCCUGUCCCUAGAAGUCAGACCCCUCUUGAUAAAGCCCAAGAUGGCUUUGGCUUUUGAGUGGUCACCUCACACUAUUCAUUGAGCUGGCAGCCCAAAAAAAACCUGUUUCUCUAUAACCUUGUCUUGAUAUCUCAUGGAGAGGUUAGCUUCCAUCUGGCCCAGGUGAUUUUUAAGUUCUUUUCUUCAGUAUGGUUUUGUACCUGCUUUUCCAAGCUAAUAGUUCUCUUUUCAUAUCUUUCUUUCCCUAGCUCUUGCAUCUUUCCCCAUUAUUUCCUCUAUUGCUCUCAUUUGAUUUUUUAAAAUUAUGCUUUAACUCUUUAAAAACAAAAAUAAAAUCUUUUAGGAAUUCUUGUCAGAGUUGUAUUCAAGUUGCAUUUUUUUUAGGCUUUCUUGGAGAUAUUUUCAAGUCAUUCUCUUCUGCAUUUUUGAAGUAUUUCCCUAACUACAUAAUAAUCCUUUGUAGUAGAAUUCUUUUUUUUUUGUUUUCUUAGACCAUUAGAUUGUAAACUCUUCGUGGGCAGGGGAAGUCUCUUUGUAUCCCCAUUGUAUAGCACAUUGCCUUCCACAUAGUAGGUGCUUACAUUUUUUUAAUUAUUUAAUAAAAGCUAGAUGAUAACUUUCAACUCCCAUCUCUUUUAAUUCCAAAAUUAGCUUAUGUCAUCUUUAUAUGAAUAUGUGUGCAUAUUGUCUAUCUUCUUAGAAUGCAAAGUUCAAGGGCAGAAAUGCUUUCCUUUUUAUCUUUGUAUAGCAAGGGUCCUGAAACAUAAUAAAAGCUGUUGAUUGUUAACUUC